ACCAUUUGCAGAAAUAGUCUUACAACAGCGACGUAACCUCAUCACCCAAUCAGCCCCCAACAACUUUUCCCUGCCCAUUUCGCCCACUUUUCCCUCUUUCUAGAUCAAACAAAAAGACGAAUAUAUUAUAUAAUCACAGAAAGAAAAAAAAAAAACCCUUAAACUUUCAAACCCAAGAAAGGUCAAAUCAAACACAACACAACACAAAAAGCCAUAAUCAAUUCACAUUGAUUUUUCAAUUACUAUUCACAACUUCCCAACUGGUAACAAUAAGUAACCAUUAACUAAUUAUCCAAUCAGAGUCAUACUCACAUUUUCAUUCUUGUUACACACUCUCUCUCUCUCUAUCGCUCCCGCAAUGCCGAACAGACCGCUUCUCUGCUUCUCCGUUCUCCUCGCGCUUCUCGCCGUUGCCGGAGGUGAUUCCGGCGAAGCCGCCGAACUCGACUACUCCAAGCUCUCCGGUAUUAUAAUCCCAGGCUUCGCGUCUACGCAGCUUCGAGCUUGGUCUAUUCUUGAUUGUCCUUACUCUCCGCUCGAUUUCAAUCCUCUCGAUUUGGUUUGGCUCGACACUACGAAACUUCUUUCUGCUGUGAAUUGCUGGCUUAAGUGCAUGUUGCUGGACCCUUUCAACCAGACAGAUCAUCCUGAUUGUAAGUCACGUCCUGAUAGCGGUCUUUCAGGAAUUACUGAACUUGAUCCAGGUUAUAUAACAGGACCUCUUUCUUCUAUAUGGAAAGAAUGGAUUAAGUGGUGUAUUGAAUUUGGCAUAGAAGCUAAUGCAAUAAUUGCUGUUCCUUACGAUUGGAGACUUUCGCCGUCCAUACUUGAAGAGCGAGACCUCUACUUUCAUAAGCUUAAAUUGACAUUUGAGACCGCUUACAAACUUCGAGGGGGCCCAUCUUUAGUUUUUGCCCAUUCAUUGGGUAAUAAUGUUUUUCGUUAUUUCUUAGAGUGGUUGAAGCUAGAAAUUGCCCCAAAACAUUAUAACGAAUGGCUGGAUCAACACAUUCAUGCCUAUUUUGCUGUUGGAGCUCCCCUUCUGGGUGCAACUGAAACCAUUGAAGCAACACUUUCUGGAUUCACAUUUGGUCUUCCAGUAUCCGAGGGAACAGCUCGGUUGAUGUUCAACUCCUUUUCUUCGUCAUUGUGGAUGAUGCCUUUUUCCAAGUACUGCAGAACAAAUAAUAAAUAUUGGAAGCAUUUUUCUGGAGGACGGCAAGUAGGUGGUACGCAUACAUAUCACUGUGACGAGGAGGAGUUUAAGUCAAACUUUUCUGGAUGGCCAACAAAGAUAAUCAACAUUGAAAUUCCCUCAAGCCGUGGAUUUGAUGCAUAUCCCACGUUUUCAGAAAUACCGGAGACCAACUUGUCCGGAAUGGAAUGUGGCCUACCUAUUCAAUUAUCUUUCUCAGCUCGUGAAAUAGCAGAUGGCUCCUUUUUCAAGGCAAUUGAAGAUUAUGACCCAGACAUCAAGAGGCUCUUGUACCAGCUAGAGAAAUCAUACCUUGGUGAUCCUGUUCUUAAUCCACUUACACCUUGGGACCGGCCACCGAUAAAAAAUGUCUUCUGUAUUUAUGGCAGUAAUUCAAAGACAAAGGUUGGUUACUACUUUGCCCCUAGCGGCAAGCCGUACCCAGAUAACUGGAUCAUUACAGAUGUCGUUUAUGAGUAUGAAGGAACUCUAGUAUCAAGGUCAGGGAAUCUGGUUGAAGGGAACCCUGGAGCUAUAAGUGGCGAUGAAACGGUUCCAUACAACUCCCUUUCCUGGUGCAAAACCUGGCUGGGUCCAAAGGUGAACAUCACAAGAGCUCCUCAGUCAGAGCACGAUGGCUCAGAUGUACAGAUUGAUUUGAAUGUGGAACAUCACUAUGGAGAAGAUAUUGUUCCAAACAUGACUAGAUUUCCUAGGGUUAAGUACAUAACAUAUUAUGAAGAUUCUGAAAGUCUUCCAGGAAAGAGGACAGCAGUUUGGGAACUUGAUAAAGCAAAUCACAGGAACAUUGUUAGAUCAUCAGUGUUAAUGAGGGAAUUAUGGCUUGAGAUGUGGCGUGAUAUCCAUCCUGAAGCAAGAUCAGAGUUUAUCACAAAAGCUAAGCGUGGACCUCUAAGAAAUGAGGAUUGCUAUUGGGAUUAUGGGAAAGCUCGUUGUGCAUGGCCAGAGUAUUGUGAAUACAGAUAUAUUUUCGGUGAUGUUCACUUGGGACAAAGCUGCAGGUUGAGAUAUACUUCAGCUGAAUUGUUGUUGCACUAUUUGUAAAUAAGAAGGGGUCAAAACUUAGAAAUAUCCUCCCCUCACUUGCAUGCAUCUACUCCACCUGUGAGGGUAAGACUGUAUAUAUACCCUCUCCAGACUCCACCUGUUGGGAGCGUCGUGCAAUGGGCAGACCUGUGCACUGUUAUAUGACUUUAAGUAGAAUUUUGAAUAGAGUAGCCGAAAAAAUAUAACAGUUACGAAUUGCCCUGUUUCCGCAACUCUUAGAUUUGAUGUGUCCAUGCCUUAAAAGCUUCCGUUAUUUGGUCCUUGGUGAUCAUUCCCUCCUUUCAGGCCAUUCUCUUGACAAAUCUUUAUUAUUGCUGUUACCAAUUUGCUUGAAUCAUAGAUUUAACUUGUAUAAAUGCAUGUUUAGCUUCCCUGAGUUACUUUUUUACAUUGAUAUGCAACAUGAUUAAAGAAAUUAGCUAUCAAUUAUUGUUGCCAAAUUGUGAAGGCAACAUUUAUAUUAAGAAAUAUGCUGUGUUUAAGAGUUUUUUAUUUUUCUGUUAAUAAUACACUGCUUGUAAUUCGCAGAGUAUAUUUGAUAAUGUAAAACUAUAUCAGAAAAAAACACUUGCAUGAUUCAGUUGUUCUUUCAGAUCAAUUCAGUUUCUUAAUUUGUUUCCUUUAUUCAGAUACUUUACCUUUUCUUGUUCUAACUUAUCACACAUUUUAGACACCUGAAGUAAACUUGCUCAAUUUGAAGUUAGAACAUUUAUUUGACCAUAAACUCAGAAUCUAAGACAGAAUGCAUACUAAUCCACCGAGUGUGAGGCAAAAAAAGAGAGAUUGAAAAUGCAGUUGGUCAAAGACAACUCUGAUAUAGUAUAUCGGUAUAUGCAAUCAGUUUUCUACCCAAUAAUAAUAAGACCAGUAACGUUAAGAUGAAGUUUUCAAUAUGGCUUUACAUUUUGGAGUAUAUUUCAGUAAAAGGUAUCGGGCUCUCCGAAAUGACAAUAACCUUACCUUCUUUUCCUUUCCGACAUUUCAUGGCUUAAGGGUACAAUCAUAUACAAUAGUCCAUUUAUAUAUAGACUAGUGGUUCCAUUUAUCUUUGGUUUUAUUGUUAUGAUAAGCUUUCUGUUUUUUCUUCUCAGAAUAUUUGAUGCUGGUAGGAUCAAUUUGUUCCCCUGGAUGGCACACCACACUUGAGUAUCAGAAUUCCUCGUUGGAAUUUGGCCAUUCUUCUUCAUGGUAGACUUGCUGCGCUACUGUGUUCCAGCAAAUUCUUUGCUUGCUUGUUUGGAACUUUGGCUCAACUUCAUAACUCAGUCUUUAUUCACUUCACAAUUUGCACAGUAUAUCCGGGGCAGAAUAAUGCAGUAUUCUACUGUUCCUAGUAACAGGCAUGGGGCAUCUCCCACUGAUAUAUAUUACGUGAGGCAUCUGGUAUUCGUCAGCAUACGCUUUACCAAAUGAAGUUCAGGUUAUUACCUAACAUUUGUUGUAUCACAAUUUACACUGCUAUUAAGCUAGGUACAACUUUUUUCUGCUGGUUACUUGAGUAACCCAGCUCCUACUUUUCCAUCCUGGGAAAUAACAGGGCGGAAUUUUGGUGGAUCUGUACAUCAUUAUUUGUCAAUUGGUUGACAAUGGUGUCUAUCUAGGAAACAUACAAGCUAUAGUUAUAUGAUAAUCCAUUCUGAGAAAAAGUUGAUAUUGAAAAUGAGAAUACGUAAAGAAUAUAGAAGACAGUGGUGAAGUUGAGAAAUUGUACCAGAAAAAAGUGGCUCAGAGAUAUUGUACCAAAAAAAGAAAG